GGAGUGUAAUUUGCGGAAUUUCCUCAUAGUAUAUGGCAUGGACAUUAAACAUGAACAAACAAAGCUUAUCUUUCCUUGGUUAAUCAAGUUGCAUCGUAUCAUCAGUCAAUGAAUGUGUUUACAAAGCUUGGCUAGUAGAGACAGGAGUGUUUGAAGUGGAUGGGAAAUCAAAAUGACGGAAAAUAAUUCACACGAUAAAGAUUUGGUUGACCAGGAAACUAUUCAGUUCGACUCAAUCCUCAGCUCAAGUAUGCCAUCAACUGUUCAGCUCAGUUUGCGCAAACAGGAGCUCAUUGAGCUCAUCAAGAAGGAGCUCACUCAGCUCAAAAAGGAGCCUCCUCCUAAAUUUAUUGUGGAGAAUGAGCCGAAAGAAAGCUUGAAUUUGAGUGGAAAUAUUAUUAAACUUGAAAAUACCCGGAUCAGACAAAUCAGAGAGAGAACUCGGUCUCUGAAUGCUCCAAGUCCCGUUCAGCAGUUUGGACCGUGUGGGCGGAUCAUGAAAAACUCGGCAAUGGUAAUGACCAUCCAAGAUCCGGCUUCACAGAGACUCACGUGGUACAAGCCUCCUCUAACCGUCCUCGUAAUCAAGAAAGUACGGGAUGCCGCGGUUAUUUCACCGUUCAUACAGUUAGUACAGUGGUUCAUUCAUGAGAAACGGAUGGUCGUCUUCGUCGAAUCCGCAGUUAUGGAUGAUCCUUUGCUAAUCAACAACCCGUCCUUUGGACUAGUCCAGGACAAGCUGAUGACCUUCACGGAGUCCAAGGACGACCUCACCGACAAGAUUGACUUCGUGGUGUGUUUGGGUGGAGACGGAACACUUCUAUACGCUAGUUCCUUGUUCCAGCAGUCUGUUCCACCGAUCAUGGCGUUCCAUCUUGGUUCUCUGGGAUUCCUUACUCCGUUUAAAUUUGAAGAUUUUCGUCAGCAGGUGACCCAUGUACUAGAGGGACAUGCUGCUCUAACCUUGAGAUCCAGGCUCAGAUGCAUUCUUAUUAAACAAGCAGAGGAAAUUAAAAAU